AUGGCCAAGGGCUAUCGACUGCUUCCUCAAGAGGCCUCAGACAAGCCAGUGACCACCAGGCUGAGGGCAGAUGUGAAGUGGCUAGGUGUCAACAAUGUGUUGACUACAGAUCCCAAGAACCAGCGUUCCGUGCCCAGGGUGGACAAAGUGCUACCCAGUGACGGCGUCAAUGUUGGAAGGGGCAGCAUCGAAGCCUCGGUGCCACCGGAGAGCGAACAAGACAUUGUGCAGUUCAUGUCGGGGAUCUUUUUUUCCGAGGAGGGAAGAAAUAACCGCGCGAGUGUGAAAGUCAUUCGCAUAGGCCGCCUGCAGGGCAGUUGCUCGGUGAAUUGUCGAACCCAGGACGGUUCCGCCAAGGGGCCAAGUCAUGGUGCUCCACAAUCCCUUGGGUGA